AUGUUUCCCGCCGCAUCUAGCGGAAUUGCAUCAUUGUUGUUGGAUGGAGGAAGAACGGCGCAUUCUAGGUUUGAUAUACCUUUGAAUAUUAAUGAGGGUUUCGUUUGUCACAUUAAACCAGACGAUGAUGUAGCUAAAUUACUACAACAGACCAAACUCAUUAUAUGGGAUGAAGCACCUAUGGUUCAUAAACAUGCAUUUGAGGCUUUGGAUAGAACGAUGCAUGACAUUUUCAAUAUCUCUAAUUCAUGUGGAUCUGAUGUUCUGUUUGGAGGUAAGGUUAUUGUUUUUGGUGGUGAUUUUAUACAAAUAUUACCUGUUGUUCCAAAUGGUGGACGACAAGAAAUUGUGAAUGCCUCAUUAUGUUCGUCUUAUCUAUGGAGGAAAUGUAAGUUGUUGAGUUUAACUAGAAACAUGAGGUUAACCGUUGGAAGACCUACAUUUGAAGUUGAAGAGGUAAAUAAUUUUGCUAAAUGGCUGUUGGAUGUGGGUGAGGGAAAUGUUGGUGGUUCGAAUGAUGGAGAAGCAACAAUUGGAAUACCACCCGAUCUUUUAAUUGACAGCACAUCUGACACAAUUUCUAGCCUGAUUGAUUUUGUCUAUCCAUCAAUCAUGGAAAACUACAAUGAUCGUAAUUACUUUAGUAAUAGGGCUAUACUUGCGCCUAAGAAUGGGGUUGUGCACGAGAUUAAUGACAAAUUGUUGGCACUGUUCCCAGGUGAAGAAAAAGAGUAUCUUAGUUCUAACAGUCUAUGCCCUACCGAAGAUGCCAAUGCUGAUCAACAAAAAAUAUACUGA